AUGCCUAAUCAUUAUAUUACCAGUGCUGUCCACUCGCUGAGCCACGCUGAAACCUUCAGUGAAGCUCUCAAGACCAUCAACGAAGGUGUAACCAGAGCCCUACCGUCCAAGCGCCAAUACAAACAAGGCAUUGUACUGAGCCUUCGCUGGGAGAACGACGACUUAGACCGGAAGGAUAUUGACGAGUUUCUACGACUUUUCGAGACGAUAUACGGCUUCAAAACUGAUUCGUUUUUGCUCCCAUCUGCGCCCAUAGCGGAGGUAGCUUUGGCUAUGCAGGCGAAAAUUCGAACGAUGCUCUCUAUCUAUGUUUCCUCGGACACACUCUUCAUUAUUAUGUACGAAGGUCACUCGAAUGCGUUCUAUGACAUACCCAAUGCUUGUGUCAGUAUCAUGGGCUCGAUGAGGGAACCUACGGUUUCUCUACCUUGGGGUUUCGUGGAGACCGCGCUGGCCUUUACUGAUGGAGAUGUCGUAUUUAUACUGGACUCGCCGUUCUCAUCCAGGGCGGCAAUAAACGGUGAAGAUAUUGAAUACCUCGCAAUCUCGGUAUUCAGAUCACCAGCAGCUAGGAGCAUCGAUGUAUCCCUAACGAGGCGACUCAUUGACCUACUGGGUCAAGUAGAUACUGAAAUCAUUAUAUCACAAAUACACGCAAAGCUUGCCGUGCAUGCAAACAGUCCAGGCAGCCAACUGAGACUUAUCCCUGUACAUUUCCCGGCCAAGAACAAGCCAUCAAUCACCCUUCGCCCUAUAGGAGCGUGCCCAAGUGUGUCGGAUAUCGUCGAGCAAUGCAUCCAGUCCUUGUCAGAAUCGAUUGCGGGGGAUGUGGCAGAUAUCAAGAUUGAAAGUUAUGGGAAGAAGCAAUCAGAUUUCAUUUCAAACGUUCUUACCCUCGAUGACUAAAAAUAAAAAGGUUGAGCAUGUUUAUAUUCGUAUGUCAGCACGGUGUUAAUUCAUUCGAUUGUGACACUUUCAUUGAGUCAUUUGCUUGCCCAGACUAUUAUACCUUCCUACAAUCUUCUCUAUCAGCUCCCGUAAUGAUUUAUCACGGUGUCGUUUUUUGAAGUGGCCUCGGCCAUAGAAUCGAAAAAGGGGGGGGGGGUUCCAAGCUCACUAGUAUAUUCCACUGGCUGUA